GAUUUUGAAUGCUAAACAUAUUUGGUUUGGGAUUUGUUUGAGCGGCAUGUUCAAAAAUUCUGCUAUUCAACAUCUUAGAAAGCAAGUUUCCUGCCAUUGUGCCCACAGUGUUUCUCAACAACCCGUCGUUUAUUUAUGAGGAGAAAUCUAAUUGUCUUCAGACAGUUCUGAUGGCUAGCCAAUACUCUUUAGGCAACCCGGUUUCUAAGAGGAGACGUGUGGGUGGAAAGAGGAAGCCCAUUUCACAGUGUGAAAAAAGGCGUUAAAAACACACAAUUGAAUGUGUGCAGGCAGUUUUUCUUGCAGAGCUGUCAACCACAAAAGACCUGCAGCAGCAACCACACAGGACCUGCAGCAGCAUUUCAACUAUGAGUCUCCAUCGUGCCCAAAUCAUCGGCGCUGCUGUGCUGCUGAUUCUGGCAAUCAUUGGAAUCUUGUUGGUGGUCCUUCCAGCAAAAGAGGCGAAGAUACCUGCUGAUAACAUGUAUGGCAUUGUACUGGAUGCAGGGUCCUCCCACACCUCCAUGUACAUCUACAAAUGGCCAGCUGACAAGCAAAACGGUACUGGUAUUGUUACCCAGCACAGUGAAUGCGAUGUAAAAGGUGGAGGGAUAUCCAGCUACGCCGGAAAACCUGGCAGUGCUGCUAAGAGUUUGGAGGAUUGUAUGGAACAUGCCUUAUCGAAAAUUCCCAAAUCUAGACAACACCAGACUCCACUGUGCUUGGGUGCCACAGCAGGGAUGAGGCUGCUGAACAUAACUAGUCAUACAGAGUCGGCACGGAUCCUGAAAGAAGUAGAACAGAAACUGCGUUCUUACCCGUUCCUGUUUAAGGAGGCCGGAAUCCUGAGUGGCCAAGCAGAGGGGGCCUACGGCUGGGUCACGGUCAACUACUUACUUGAAAACUUUGUCAAGUACGGUUUUGUGGGAAGUUGGCUGAGUCCAGGACGAAGCACAAUUGGAGCUUUGGAUUUAGGUGGAGCUUCCACUCAGAUUACCUUCCAGACCUCGCAAAAGUUGGAGGAACCAGCUAAACAGAUGAACCUGACCCUUUAUGGACAGACCUACACUUUGUACACCCAGAGCUUCCUGUGUUAUGGUCAAGACCAGUUUCUCAGGAAACUGUUGGCUCAUCUUAUCCAGAGCCAAGGUUCGACGACUAAAGUAUUCAACCCCUGCUAUCCACAAUUGUUUAAUAUUUCUUUGAAGCUUGGGGAAGAAGUCUUUGAUUCUCCUUGUACAGACAAAUACAGGCCAGUCGAUUUGGAUCCUCAGGCGACAGUAACAGUCGUGGGCACAGGACAUUAUCAACAGUGCGUCAACAAUGUAACGGAGAUCUUCAGUUUUAGCAACUGUAACUACUCAAUGUGUUCCUUUGACGGAGUGUUUCAGCCCAGAGUGACCGGAAGCUUCAUGGCAUUCUCAGCCUUCUACUUCACUCAGAUUUACAUGAAAACCAUCACCAGUAUAACCGUCACAUCACCCAAUGACGUAGUGAAAGCGGCCAAGCUCAUCUGCAAUAUGACCAUCACUGAGCUUGUGAAGAAGACAAACGCGUCAGAGAAAUACAUGAAGAACGUUUGCACCAUGGCUAAUUUUGUCCAGAUUCUAUUGACCAAAGGGUAUCGUUUUGAUGAGGCUUCCUUUCCUUCUAUUUCUUUUAAGAAAACGGCAGGGGGAGCCUCUGUAGGAUGGGCUUUGGGAUACAUGCUGGAUGUGAGCAAUGAAGUGCCAGCAGAGGCUUUCAGCGUGAUGAAGGCUCUACCCCAGGGGGCUUGGGCUGCCGUCAUCUUCCUGUGUAUUAUAUUUCUUUUCUGUGCUCUGUCACAUGGCAUGGUGAUCUAUAUAAACAGAUGAUUUUAGAAGUGACGAUAUCUGACUUGAAAAGAAAACACACCUCUUAAGCAUUUUUAAGAGACACAACGUGUGUUUUCCUGCGAAUUUCAGUUUGCAAAAAUUCCUUACUACUAUCUAGGUUGACAUUUGAAAAAUCAAACUAAUCAUAUUAAUGUUGUAUUUCUACAUUUAUAUUAAUCAUAGUCCACAAUUUGAUAAACAUCAUAUAAACUGCUGUGGAAAGUUCUUUGCCCCUGUACAGACUUGUUUUUUGCUUGGUCACUCCUAAAUCUGUUUUGUUCAUUUGAGAUAUCCACGGCUGGACCUUUAAGAUCACUGGAGUUUAAGAUCACACACUAAUGAUUAGACAUUCUGCUUCAGGACUUUCUGCUCGAGAGCUGGAUUUAUGGUUCUGUCAUUCACAGCAAGUCAUCCAUGGUCAGAGGCAGCCACUGACCAUCAUACCACCGCCACCAAAUCUGACUUUUGGCAUAAAAAGGCAGAUGUGAUGGCUUUGCCUUCUUUUUUUUUUGGAUCCAGAAAAUACAGCGCAAGCAGACAACUAGUGUGAAUGUGGAAGGACUCCGACCCAGAUUAUGAUAGAUUAUGUUCAUGAGUUUUGAAGAAUAGUUAUGAUUUUUAUCUUCUUUGAAAAAACCUGAUUUUUGACCUCUUUUGUUCAAGUUUUGUUUUCAUUCUUCAAAGGGGGACAGAAAACAUUUGUAACCUUCCUGAUAAUUUGUCAAAGUGCUUUCGGAGUAAUUGUGAUGGUCAGCCACCCCUGGGAAGGUUCAUCACUGCUCCAUGUUUGCUCCAUCAGGGGAUAAUGGGUCUGACUGUGCUUUGAAAAAAGCCUUUGAAAUGGAUUUGAAAUGGAUUUGUAGCGUAAAAGACAGAAUGAAAGAAAUCAAUGGCUUUAUUUGUUAUCUGUAAUUUUUUGUGAAAUCACGACAUGAUGUCUAUCCAUCCAUCCAUUUUCUAACAUGUCUAUCCCCAUUGGGGUCACGAGGGGUGCUGAUGCCUAUCUCCAGCUGUCAAUGGGCGAGAGGCGGGGUACACCCUGGACAGGUCACCAGUCUGUUGCAGCACAAUAUAAUGUGAUUGUGUUUUUUUGAUCUUUUAACCUAUACAACAUGUAGACAGUCCAGACCUAAAAACAUCUCUUGAUUAUUGGAUUCUCUUUGGCCAUUAAAGUUAAAUUACUCAAAUAAUGGUUAUACCAUGGUGUGUGUGUGUUGAUUUGCAAAGUCCUCAAAGUCAAUAUUUGAAAACUUAUUUGAAAACUGCAUUUUACAUUAAAGAGACCACAACAAUAAA